AAUGAAACAAGGCAUUCAACGGGUGAUGCGGUUUAAGAGGGCAAUGGCAUGUUACCAUGUGCAUAAGAAUAAUGUUUCCCAGAGGCCGGUGGCAUGCCGCUGUGGAACCAAGGAUAACUACCACAGUACGUUUUGGGGGCUGCUGAGUCAUAAAGCCGAAGAGCACAUGCUGCGUCCGUCCUCUCAUGGUUGGGGCUUAUUACUCGGAGACGAACAAGACAAAGGGCAAGAAGGUUUCUUGCAAGAUCCAUAAGAAGGCACCACUCCACUCCAUUCCCCACAGGCGAGAGAGAGCCAGAGAUUGGGAUAGAGCUGAAGGCAUGGAGGGCAAGCGCACCGACCAGGCAAAGCUCAGCACGAUGCACUCAAAGGUGAUCUGCUGUAAGCUCUACAUCUCUGAAAGCCAAAAUGCGGCUGUUGUCGAUGCCAUCAGCCGCAUAGGCCAGAAAGACCCUGAGGUGGUUCUACUCAACAAGUUCGAGGAUGAGUACUACAACCGUGUCCGCUACACGCUUGUCUCCUAUAUUAACAGUGAAAGCGCAACUGGUGAAGCUGUAUUUAGCCCAAUCAGGAAGGUGCUGCUGGCGAUGAUCGAGGCUGCAUUUUCAGCCAUAAACCUCGAAGUGCACUGUGGAACUCAUCCAAGGAUCGGUGUCGUCGAUGACAUUUCAUUCCACCCCUUGACUCAAGCGGCCACAAUGGAGGAUGCUGCUCAGCUGGCUAAGCUGGUAGCCUCUGACAUUGGCAAUGGCUUGCAAGUUCCAGUGUUCCUAUAUGCGGCAGCACACCCCACCGGCAAGAGCGUCAGUGCAGUCCGGCGUGAGCUCGGCUACUUCCGGCCAAACCACAAGGGUGUCCAAUGGGCAGGCCCGGUGCUCCCUGACACUCUACCGAUGAAGCCGGAUGUGGGCCCAGUACACGUUCCUCAUGAAAGAGGCGCCACCAUGGUCGGAGCUCAACCUUUGGUCGAGAGCUACAAUGUGCCGAUAUUCUGCAAGGAUGUCCCGACCGUGAGAAGAAUCACCCGGAGGGUAACUGGACGGAGCGGAGGGCUCCCUUCAGUACAGGCACUUGCGCUUUUCCAUGGCGACAAUUGCACGGAGAUCGCAUGCUUUUUGCUGGAUCCAGACCACGUCGGCGCCGAUCGGGUUCAAUGGCUGGUGGAGCAGAUUGCAGAAGAGCAAGGGCUUGAAGUUGACAAGGGCUAUUUCACCGACCUGUCAAAGCAUAUGAUGCUAGAAAGGUACUCCGAGAUGGUUUCUGCAGCUGACUGACCUGUUGAAUUUCGUGCCGACACUCUUGUAAUUAUGCAUGUCUGCACUUCCAUGUAUGCUGCUGUUUAAACUGUGGCACCAACUUGGACUCCGGACCGACCAAUUCCAAAAUUUUGUAUAUACUUAGUUAUAUCUGCACUAGAGGUGGUUCUCUGGAAACUUCGCCGCAGUAAUUGGCGCAUAACAGGUCUCAUCACUGAA